CAGGUUGGGGCUUCUUGUGGCCAACUUCAGAGCCUGUCACCAGGAAAGGUGAGCCUGAGCCUGGGAGUGGCGGGGGCGGGGGUCCUCUGAGAACCAGAAAGAACGUGAUUCCUAGAGUGUUUACUGCCUGAGCACUUGCAUUCUACAAGGCAUCACGCAGGUAAGCAUGGGAGGAAGGAAGAUGGCGAGAGAUGAAGAAAAUAUCUAUGGUUUAGAAGAGACCACUUGGUCCCGGCAGGAUCCCACGCUGAGGCUCCUCCUUGUUGGGAGAACAGGGGCCGGAAAGAGCGCCACUGGGAACAGCAUCCUGGGCCAGAAACGGUUCCUCUCCAGGCUGGGGGCCACGUCUGUGACCAGGGCCUGCACCACGGCCAGCCGCAGGUGGAACAAGUACCACGUGGAAGUCGUGGACACUCCGGACAUUUUCAGCUCCGAAGUGUCUAAGACAGACACCGGCUGUGACGAGAGAGGUCGCUGCUACCUGCUCUCGGCCCCCGGGCCCCACGCGCUGCUCCUGGUGACCCAGCUGGGCCGGUUCACCGCCCAGGACCAGCAAGCAGUGAGGCAGGUGAGGGACAUGUUCGGGGAGGACGUCUUGAAAUGGACUGUCAUCGUCUUCACCAGGAAGGAGGACCUGGCUGGGGGCUCCCUGCAAGAUUACGUGUGCAGCACAGAGAACCGGGCCUUGCGCGAGCUGGUGGCCGAGUGCGGGGGCCGUGUCUGUGCCUUUGACAACCGGGCCACCGGCCGGGAGCAAGAAGCCCAGGCGGAGCAGCUGCUGGGGCUGGUGGAGGGCCUGGUGCGGGAGCACAAGGGCGCCCACUACUCCAACGAGUUGUACGAGCUGGCGCAUCUCCUGCGCUGGGCAGGCCCGGAGGAGCGGCUCAAGAGGGUGGCGGAGGGCGUGGCCGCCCGCAUGCGGAGGAGGCCAUGGGGCGCCUGGCUGCGGGCCGGGCUGUGGGCGUGGCCGAAGCCGCCCUGGAGCUGGAGGCUGAGCCUGGCACUGCUGCUGGGGGGCGCACUCCUGUUCUGCGUGCUGCUCCACAGGCGCUGGUCGGCGGCCUUUGCGGAGGUCGGGCCUGACUGACACUGCAGGUCCUAAAACCGAAGGCAACUUGGUCAAGAGAGGCUGAAUUCUUGGAGCUGAAAGGACAACUUUAUUCCAACGGAAGGAAUCCUGUAGUUUCAGGCACAGUUUUAAUGACACAGAAAACUUUGAAUGCUGCAUCAUCUUUGCAACUUUGCCAAGGCUCAGAGCUUUUAAGUUUUUAACUCAUUUUAAAUGAUGUGUAUGCAGAGUUUUCAAUUUGUCUAACAUAACUUCCUUUGGUAGUUUUGGUAGUGUAAUGUCAAGUAGCUUCUGGUGGGGACAAAUGCGUGGCACAGGGGAAACAAGUGCCUUUAUUUUUGAACUUUUUAAAAAAUUUAGACUGCCCCACCUUGAUAAAUUUCUAGUUCAUAUACAUGAGUAGAUAUGUUCUUUUGUGGUUCUUGUUGACUGUUACCAUCAAUAAAAGAAAUGUGGGCAUUAUA